GCUUGGAUUACUACACUUAUUGGUGAUGAUGGUUAUGUAAAAGGAGUUAUCACGUUACAAUAUAGCCUUCAACAUGUCUUACAUAGUAUGUAUCCUUUACUUGUUCUAUAUACUUCGACUACUCCACCCCAGGUUGUUCAUCUUUUACAAUCCAUUGGUUGUCGUAUGAAGAAAGUAGACAAUAUUCAACCUCCUGAGCCUGUACAGUACUCUCAAGAACGAUUUCGAAAUACUUGGACAAAAUUGGCAGCUUGGGAUCAAGAUGAUUAUGAUCGUUUAGUAUUGAUAGAUGCAGAUAUGCUUCCAAUACGAAACAUGGAUGAUAUCAUGACGUUACCUUUUCCUCAAGAUGACUGGAUUGCUGCUUCUCCUGCUUGUACAUGUAAUCCUCAGAAAAUAACCAAUUAUCCCCACGACUGGAUUCCUGAAAAAUGUGCGUAUACUUAUACGUCCAAAGAUGAUACAUCUUUUCAAACGACUUUUUUUCAACGAUCAAGCCUUCAUUACUUCAACAGUGGAUUGGUUGUGUUAAAACCUCGACAUGCCAUUUUUGAAACCAUGAUCAAACGAUUAGAAGUAGAACCGGAGAUCCGACAUUAUAUAUUCCCAGAUCAAGAUCUUUUGAAUCAUCAAUUCCGUGAUCAUUGGACCGUCCUGCCUUAUACAUUCAAUGCACUUAAACCAAUGGUGAUUAGUCAUCCAUCAUUGUGGGAUCUUCAUCGUAUU